UGACGAUAGUGUCCUCGAAACGCGCCGUUUUGAUAUCUUUCGGGGUCCGUGAAAAUGGCACGCACUUUUCGCCUCGCGCGGUCUCUGGGCUGAGAGUUCUGUGUUUCCACUUUCCAGAGCUUCGGGUUUUGAGUUUGAGAGUCGCAUGGUCCGAUUGCUUUGGCAUCGGACUCUGCCGAAUUGUAUAAAUUUCGCAAGGCAUUGUGGAAAAUCCAACAGUCGGGUAUGCCUGCCUCGACGUUAUUUCUCUGCCCAAGGGGGCCAGUUGACCCGACAAUGCACGAGUUCUGUGGAGCCGCCGUGCUCAGAGUUCAACCUUCACGCGUACACUGCUAUGCUUCAAGAUUGUAUCCAAAACGGUGACCCAAUUCCAGGGAAGGUUCUCCACUGUGAUGUUCUGAAAAGAGGUGACUGUUUGGACUUAUUCGGUUACAACGUUCUACUGAACAUGUAUGUGAAAUUUGAGUUGUUCUAUGAUGCUGUUAAUCUUUUCGAAGAAAUGCCUGAGAGAAACACGGUCGCGUUUGUGACGUUAAUUCAGGGAUAUGCUCUGUCGUUGCGAUUCCUUGAGGGGGUGGAGUUGUUUGUUAGGUUACAAAGAGAGGGUCACGAGCUUAAUCCUUUCGUUUUUUCUGCGAUUUUGAAGUUGCUCGUGAGUAUGGGAUGGGGUGAGCUAGGAUGGACCGUUCAUGCUUGUAUUUUUAAGCUUGGUUAUGACUCUGAUGAAUUUGUUGGGACUGCUCUUAUCGAUGCCUACUCUGUUUGUGGGAACGUUGCUAAUUCUAGAGCUGUUUUCAAUGGAAUUGCCUGUAAGGAUAUGGUUUCUUGGAGUGGGAUGGUCGCUUGUUAUUCUGAGAAUGAUUGUUUUGAAGAGGCAGUAGAAGCCUUUUCUCAAAUGAGAAUAAUUGGGUUUAAGCCAAACAAUUUUACUUUUGCUGGAGUGCUCAAGGCCUGUCUUGGACUUGAGACCUUUAAUGCGGGGAAGAGUGUUCAUGGGCUUGCGUUGAAAACUCGCUAUGAACAGGAUCUUUAUGUAGGUGUUGCAUUACUUGAACUGUACACCAAGUCCGGGGCAAUUGAUGAUGCUGGGCGAGCAUUUGAGGAGAUCCCAAAAAAAGAUGUAAUCCCUUGGAGUUUCAUGAUUGCACGUUUUGCUCAAAGUGGUCGAAGCACCGAAGCUCUGGAUCUGUUUUCUCAAAUGAGACAAGCUUUUGUUGUCCCAAAUCAAUUUACAUUUGCUAGUGUGCUGCAAGCUUGUGCAACCAUGGAAGGUUUAGAAUUGGGGAAGCAAAUACAUUCGCAUGUACUCAAAGUUGGUCUCUUCUCAGAUGUGUUUGUAUCCAAUGCCCUUAUGGAUGUAUAUGCUAAAUGUGGAAGGACGGAUAACUCGUUGGAUCUAUUUUUAGAAUCACCAAAUAGAAACUCUGUUACUUGGAACACUAUGAUUGUUGGCUACGUGCAGUCAGGUGAUGGGGAGAAGGCACUGAAGUUAUUUCUAAAUAUGCUUGAAUACCAAGUGCUGGCAACGGAAGUGACAUACUCUUGUGUACUUCGUGCUUGUGCUAGUCUAACAGCCUUGGAUACAGGAGUUCAAAUUCAUUCCUUGACAGUCAAAACUGUUUAUGACAUGAAUAUAGUGGUUGGUAAUGCUUUGAUAGAUAUGUACGCCAAGUGUGGCAGCAUUAAAGAUGCCCGCUUAGUAUUUGACGGUUUGAAUGAACGAGAUGAAGUUUCAUGGAAUGCUAUGAUCUCGGGGUAUUCUAUGCAUGGCUUGGGGAGGGAGGCUCUAAAAGUUUUUGAAUUGAUGCAGAAAAGCAAGUGUAAACCAAACCAAUUAACUUUUGUUGGUGUUCUAUCAGCAUGUAGCAAUGCAGGGCUGUUAGAUCAAGGACAAGCUUAUUUUAGCUCUAUGGUACAUGAUUAUAGCAUUGAACCAUGUAUUGAGCACUAUACUUGUAUGGUCUGGCUUCUAGGCAGAUCAGGUCAUCUUGAUAAGUCUAUCAAGUUGAUUGAGCAAAUCCCAUUUGAGCCUAGUGUCAUGGUCUGGCGUGCUUUGCUUGGAGCUUGCGUUAUCCAUAACAAUGUUGAGCUUGGAAGAAUUUCUGCACAGCGCGUGCUUGAGAUGGAACCAGAAGAUGAGGCAACCCACGUGUUAUUGUCAAAUAUGUAUGCUGCUGCAAAGAGGUGGGAAAACAUGGCUUUUGUUAGGAAAAAAAUGAAAAUGAAAGGACUAAGGAAGGAACCAGGCCUAAGUUGGAUUGAGAACCUCGGAAUAAUUCAUUAUUUCACUGUUGGAGAUACUUCACAUCCUGACAUGAAGCUGAUUAAUGGGAUGCUGGAAUCAUUGAAUGUGAAAACCAGGAAGGCAGGAUAUGUUCCUAAUCAUAAUGCAGUUUUGCUUGAUGUGGAUGAUGAUGAAAAGGAGCGUCUCUUGUGGUUACACAGUGAGAGACUAGCACUUUCUUAUGGGCUAAUUAAAAUGCCAUCUGGAAGGCCAAUUCGCAUCAUUAAAAAUCUCAGAAUUUGUGUGGAUUGUCAUGCUGCAAUGAAGUUAAUAUCCAAGGUUGUGCAGCGAGAUAUUAUUGUAAGAGAUAUGAAUCGGUUUCAUCAUUUCCAGGAUGGAAAUUGCUCUUGUUGUGAUUACUGGUGACUUGCUUCCAUGGUGAAAUACUGGUGACUCUUGAUCUUGAGUAAGAUAUUCCUUUUUCUUGAGAGGCUGGGGUUUCUAUCUCUGCUUGCAAGUUCAUGAUCAGAGGUUCAGUGAUAAGAAGUUGGCAGGAACUUGCUGUCUUAUAGCUGUGAUGUCCUACUUGAUCAAUGGGUCAUAACUCCAUCUAAUUAGAUGCACUAAGCAAGUUGGUGAAGGUGGUGGUAGCAUCCUAAGUAUCAACUAUAUCUGACUUGUGUCUUUGGUAACUGUAAGCCUAAUAUUAGAUGUCUGGACAGUUCUUCGUGGAGAAUAUUCUUUAUUGAAUGCAGGAUUUUUGUAAUUUAUUACAGAUAUAGGAGCUUUUGCAUUGCCAUAAAAACAAAUUUGAUCUUGAAUUUCUCACAAUUAUGUGAAUUGUAGUCAUUAGAAUUUUAGCUGUUGGAAAGCAAUGGUUGAUCUUACAGAACAGAGAAUUUGAUUUGUUGUUAAGCUGAAGCUUCAAAACACAAAUGACAAACCAACUACAAAUUUCUCUUGUUAGUCUGUUUCUGUCACUAUCCCCUGGGUUAUCCUUCUAUUUCAAUGUACGUUAGAUUAGUGUUUGACUUCAUUCCAAUUUUACCCCAAUAAAAAUAACUUUUCGAAUCUACCCUCAGACAAACCAAACCAACUACAGACUUCUCUUGUUAAUCUGUUUCUGCCACUAUCACGUUGGUUAUCCGGCUAUUUCAAUUUACUUUGGAUUAUUGUUUGACUUCAUUCCAAUUUUACCCCAUAAUAACUUUUCUAAUCUACCCUCGGAUGGAGGAUUUUUAUCUCUCACUUUCAAAAAGAUUAUCUUUCCCUCACAUCAACUGAUAGCAAAUUAUAAUAUAUGCUUUAUAAGCAAAAUGAUAGUUUUCCAGGACUGUCUCUUGUAAAGAUUGCUGCUUAUAAAAGUAGGAAACCAUCCUAGUCAGAGACUUGAUGAAAAUACUCAUCUUUGCUUCCAGAGUGAGCAAAGACUAAAAUACUGUCUAAGAUUUUUGAAACUUUGAAAAGACUAGAUUUCUCCCUACCAAAAUGAAAUGAAAAACAUUGUAUAUAUACUAUUAAUUCUUAUGUUUCAGUAAAAUCUCAGUUUUGUACUAUUAGUGAGUCAAUUAACUUCCCUAGAAGCCACAUUUUGUAAAAGUUCUGGUAUUUUUCCAAAGCAUUUUUGAAGCAUGGCCUAACCUCAAUUUGUAAUAAACCUUCAUGAAUUGCAACGCAUUUCACUCUAGAUAACAUUAUCACCCGGUAGUGCAUCAUCUUAUGUCAUGGCUCUCUCACUGCAAGGAAACAACUGUGCUUUGUUCUUUCCCUUCUAUCUUUCCAAAACAGUUUAUUAAAAUAAAAAUAUCCUCUUG